AUUACGGUGGAGGCACUCGCCGUGGCGGAGUUCCGUGAAGCGGCGGAGGUCCCUGAGGCGCCAUGAGACUCGUUCCGCGGCUGCUCCUGCUCGUGCUGCUGGCCGUCCCCGCCACCGUGCUUCUCGGGGGCGGCGCCGGAGGGUCAGUAGCAGUGGCCCAAGAUGCUACAGAAGACGAAGAAGCAGUAGAAGAUACAGUAGUUGAAGAUGAGGAUGAUGAAGCAGAGGUUGAAGAAGAUGAACCUACAGAUUUGACGGAAGAUAAAGAGGAAGAAGAUCUCUCGGGUGAACCUAAAGCCUCACCAAAUGCUGAUACAACUAUCUUGUUUGUAAAAGGAGAAGAUUUUCCUGCAAACAACAUUGUGAAGUUCCUAGUGGGUUUCACAAACAAGGGUUCCGAAGACUUUGUGGUUGAAUCUCUGGAUGCUUCUUUUCGCUAUCCUCAGGAUUACCAAUUUUUUAUCCAGAAUUUUACAGCUCUUCCUCUCAACACUGUGGUGCCACCCCAGAAGCAGGCUACAUUUGAGUACUCUUUCAUCCCUGCGGAGCCAAUGGGUGGACGCCCAUUUGGUUUAGUUAUCAAUCUGAACUACAAGGAUUUGAAUGGGAAUGUUUUCCAAGAUGCUGUCUUCAAUCAAACAGUCACAAUCGUUGAAAAAGAGGAUGGGUUGGAUGGAGAAACGAUCUUCAUGUACAUGUUCCUUGCUGGACUUGGGUUACUUGUCAUUGUUGGCCUGCAUCAACUUCUAGAAUCUAGGAAGAGGAAGAGACCGGUACAGAAAGUAGAAAUGGGUACCUCAAAUCAGAAUGAUGUUGAUAUGAGCUGGAUUCCUCAGGAAACUUUAAAUCAAAUCAUGCACAGUAGAAGAGGUGAAGUAACUAAGGCGCAGAGAAAUAAAGCUUCACCGAGGCGGUUGCCCCGGAAAAGAGUACAGAAAAGAGCCGUGGGUUCGGAUGAGUAAAUCCUAAUUUGUGCAACAAUUCAACAUUUACUAAACUUGUCCUCAUUUUUUGGGCCUGGUGGGAAUUUGUGCAUAGAAGCCAUAUCCACAUAUGAAGAAUCUACAACUUAAACGUUUGCACUGAGCAAUCAGAAUCUGUGGCGUUAACAUUGCUGUAAACACGCUGCAUUCCUUUUUGUAAAGAAACAAAUUUGGGUUUUUUUAAACCUUGCGAUCUGUAGAUGUGUAAGCAAUUGGUCUUUCAUUGGUAUGCUACCUAAAAUGUGCCUUUGGAGUACUAAAGUUUCUGAUUUGUUUUUCCAGAAAACUUAAUUUGAUGGUAUAAGUUUCUCCUUUUAAUGUCAUACUUAGAAGUUAUGUAUCAAAAUAACCAUCAACUAUUCUAUUUGAAUAGUUCCCAUAGUUUCUAAUUUAGUAACAGUGGCACACAUUUUCUAGGUUGGUUUUUUGGGUUUUUUUUAAAAAAAAAACACUGUGUAGCUAGGCCCAAGCAGGAAACUGCUUUUAGCAAUAUAACAUUUUUGGGGGGUUUUGCUGUUGUUUACUGUAAUGUGCACAUUAAGAAAACUUCUUUAUACUGGUCACAUGAGUUGGCAUAGAUACAGGAUUUCUCCAGCAGUAAAUUUGUGAAGCAUGAAAGUUUCUGCUGAAAUUGGUAUAUAAGGAAUAACUUUUUAAAACAAAUGGAGAAAAUAGCACCCUAAAGCGUGCUGGAUUAUUUUAUCUGUCUUAAUUAUGUUGCCUCUGACCAGAGAAAUAGCUGUUGAAAGAUUUUUAGGCCUCUUCAGUAUUUAUAAAUAUGGGAAGAUUUUUCCCUUAACAAAAAACUCUCAUGUAGAAAUUGCAUUAUGUGUAACUGAGCACUUGAGGGAAUUUCCCAAACUGUAUUUUGAACAGGGGCUCAAACUGCAAUGUGAAGAAAAAACACUUGAGAUUUCUUCCAAACUAGUGUCAUAAAUGUGAAUGAGUACCAGCAAACUGUUUAGGGUUUUUUUGUUUGGUUUCCUUUUUUGUUUGCUUUUGAAGAGCAAGUUCCCUCUCCCCCAUGCUGUCCCCCUCCUCCUCCCCCCAGCAUAUUUUAUGGGUAGUCUUUUUUAGGUGUACUUUAACUUUACCUGCAAAAUCUUUGUAGUAAAAAGUACUUGACUAAUGUACUGGAAAUUUAACUCGUGACAUGUUGGGCCUCGAUUUGUUUUUUGUUUUUUUAAUUUGGCCUUAGUUUUUUGAACAUAACAGCAUGGGUGCUUUACUCCAUGGCCUAGUUUGAAGGUCAUUUGUUUCUUGUCACUAAGGCUAUUGGGAUUGACUGAAUAAAGGCUGAAGCUAAAGGAAGAAAA